AAUGGCCUCACAACCUUUCCCUCCCUCUGAAUCUUCUUUCCUUCCAUCCCCACCUCUACGUAAACUCUCUUUCUUGUGACUCCUUUAAUAAUGCAUUAGUAGCAUUCACUCCAUUCUCUCCCACUCUCUCUCCCUCUGUUUGAUCUUCGCGAUUCAUGACAUCUUCUUCCGCUGCCGCCGUCGAAUUCGAUGUCUUAUUGAGUUUCGGCAGGGGAGAUAAGGGGAGCGGGAUCUUUGCAGAGCAGCUCAUUGAGGCGCUCCAUGAAAGAGACGUCCGGGUGAGGCCUGCCGGCAGGGAUGGUGGCGCCGAUGAGGCCAAUGCGAUCGAGGCGUCGUCCGUUUGCAUACCCAUUUUCUGCAGCAGCUAUGCAUACUCCAGGCGGUGCCUCAGGGAGCUAUCCGAGUUCGUUGCCAGAAAGAAGAUCAUCCUCCCUGUCUUCUAUGGCGUCGAUCCCUCCGACGUGCGGCGGCAGAGGGGGCCCUUCGAACCGGCGUUUCGUGACCACAAACUGCGUUUGGACGGGAGGACAGUGGAGGGGUGGAGGGAGGCGAUGGAGGAAGUGGGCGAGAUUGUUGGGUAUGUCGUCGCUGAUGUUGCCGGAGAUGGGGAUAAGGCCAAGUUGAUCCAGUUAAUCGUUAAGAGGGUAUUAAGGGCAAUGAAGCAUGCCACCAUGGAUGUUGUUGAACACCUUGUUGGAAUUCAGUCACGAGUGGAAGAUGUCAUGAAAUUAUUAUCUCUUGAAACAGAAGACGUUAAAAUGAUUGGGAUCCAUGGCAUGGGAGGGAUCGGCAAGACCACGCUGGCAAAAGUAGUGUAUAACCAAAUGUUUAAAAGCUUUGAUGCAAGUUGCUUCCUUUCAGAUAUUAGAGAGACAUCAAAGCAAUACAAGGGCUUGAUCUUGUUGCAGGAGAAACUUAUUUCUGAGAUACUAAACUUUGAGAAAUUUGAGAUAACUGAUGUCAGUCAAGGGAUUGCAACAAUCAAGAGUAGGUUCCACAUUAAGCGUCUUCUCAUAGUUCUGGACGAUGUUGACCAUAACAAUCAACUUGAUGCCUUGGUUGGUUCUCGAGAUUGGUUUUGUGGGGGGAGUAGAAUCAUCAUUACAACCAGAUAUAAACAUGUUCUAAAUGUACAGAAAUUGAACAAGGAUGAGUUUUACCAGCCAGGCGAAUUGAAUCGCGUUGAAUCUCUUGAACUGUUUUCCUUGCAUGCCUUUGAAAAGAGUCAACCGGCAAAUGAUUACAUAGAACUCUCUGAUAAAAUUAUAAAAGCUGCUGGUGGACUUCCCUUGGCACUUGAAGUCCUUGGUUCAUUUCUAUUUGGUAAGAAGGAUGUAAAAGAGUGGGAAGAUCUGUUGGAGGGAUUACAGCAUAUCCCAUUUGAUGACGUACAGAGGAGGCUAAAACUAAGUUAUGAUAGUCUUGAUCCUGAAGAGAAAAAAAUAUUUCUUGAUCUUGCUUGUUUUUUCAUUAGCCCGACUAAGGAUCGGGUAACUGAUAUAUUGAAGAGCUGUGGCUUCUAUGCAUCUCUAGCGAUAACAGUAUUGCAGCACAGGUCACUUGUCAAAAUUGAUAAGAACAGGUUGGAAAUGCAUGACCAACUUCGAGAACUGGGGAAAGGUAUUGUUCGAGAAAAUAGCUCUUUCAAUCCAGGCUUGUGUAGCAGGCUGUGGGUUACAGAUGAAGUGCUUGAUGUAUUGGAUAAUCAAAAGGGAACAGGAAAUAUUGAAGGCAUUGUAGUUGACCUUAGAGGAUUACUCAGCAAAAGACGUGUGAAAACUAAAUCCUUUGCCAGAAUGAUGAACCUGAGGCUGCUUCGUGCCAACUUUGCAGAAUUUGAAGGCAAUUUCAAACAUAUGCCUACAGGAUUGAGAUGGUUAGAGUGGCAUGGGUGUCCACUAAAAUCACUCCCCAAUGGCUUCAGCCUUGAAAAGGUUGCAGUUCUUGACCUGUCACUUAGCAGCGUUGUUCAGCUUUGGAGCUCAAGAUGCUAUUUCAGAAAGAAGGUCUUCAAUGAGUUGAAAGUUCUUAUUCUUAGUGGCUGCUCACAUCUCAAGAAGACACCUGACUUUUCAAGCUCACCCAGAUUAGAAAAAUUGAUUCUUAAGGGUUGUCAAGAGCUGGUCCAAGUGGAUGAAUCCAUUGGGAAGCUUGAUAGAUUGGCAGUGCUAGACUUGUCUUUAUGCUCUAAACUAGAGAGGCUGCCUAAUGCCAUAUGCAGCUUAAGUUCUCUUAAGAACCUUGACCUCUCCAGAUGCACUGAUCUGCAGAUGUUGCCAAUGCAGUGGGGUGUAAUGGGUUCUUUCAGAAGUCUUCGUCAAUUAUCUUUGUUUAGGUGUAGCAAUCUGCAAGAGCUGCCAGAUUCAUUUGGAGUAAUGCCUAGACUUGAAAAGCUAAACUUGAGAUACUGUCAAUCAUUGAAAACAUUGCCUGACUCCAUUGGAGAUAUGAAGAGACUAUCCGAGCUUUACCUAACUAAUGUUGCUCUUGUACAACUUCCCUCUUCAAUAGGCUCUCUUGUGGAGCUAAAGGGAUUAUGGAUGUUUGGGUGCAACAAGCUGAAAAGCUUGCCAGAUACUCUUGGCCACUUGAUGAAACUUGAGAAGUUGGACCUGAGCUAUUGCAAGUCCUUAAAAAUGUUACCUCCUUCAGUUGGUAGUAUAAAAAAUCUAGUUGAACUUUACUUCAACUUUGUUGAUAUUAAAGAGCUCCCUAAAUCAAUGGGAUCACUUGGUUCCCUACAGAAGUUAUCCUUGCAAGGAUGCAACAAGUUGGUAGUAUUACCAGAUGGAUUUGACAACCUGACCAAUCUUGAGAAGUUGGACCUAAGAGGUUGUUCAUCAUUUAAAAAACUACCUGAUUCCAUUGGAAAUAUGAAAAGCCUGACUGAGAUUCUUCUAGCUCGCACCAGCAUUGAGUUACUUCCUGAUUCAUUGGCAUCUAUCAGGAAGCUCAAGAAAUUGAAUAUACAGAGCUGCACAAAACUAAGAAGCCUUCCCUUGGGGAUGAUGAGAAGUUUGAGAUAUUUGUAUGUCAAGGGAAGAGGUGAAGAGGAAUACAAAGAUGAUGAUUGCUUUGAAGUACCUGAAAGCAUGGCAUCAAAGAGUUGGCAUUCUCACAAUUCACAAGAAUAUCGGAGAUUGGAAUUCACAAGUUGUGAGGAAGCAUAUGGCCAUUUUAAGAUCCAGUGGAAGUUGAUUAUGAGGGUGGAAAAUCAGGAAUGGGUGGUUCUUGUGAGAGAUGAGCACAAGAAAGAAUGGGGCAUGCAUAGAGGCAUGCAGUGGUUGCGGCUUAUUUUCCCUACAGGUUUUGUUCUGGUCAAUGAUAGCUGAUGUGAAGGAUGAAGGUAGGAAAGGAGGCACUUAGUGGCUAAUCUCUUCUGAUGAACUUUGUUUUCAGACAUGAUCCCUAACUCAGAUGGUGCAGAUACCAUAGACCUAUACUUAUAUCUCAUUUGAAUGCACUUAAGUAGCUACGUCCUUGGGUCUACACAAAAAAAUGUUAUUAACUAAGUGUUUUUUUGUUGAAAGUUGAACGUAUGUGUUUCUCAUUCUUUAAUUGAUGAAAAUUAUGAACUA